UGCGAUGGGGUUGAGAAGCGGCGAGCACGAGAACGAUCAACACCUGAGUUCGUCAGGCGGCUAUCAGUAUGCAGUUGAUCGUUAACCGCGUUGCAUCGCCAAUUGUCCUUUACCUUUCGCUUUCACACAAACACCGGUUGUUUUCGAAGUGCGUCAUGAUGCUGCCGACCGCAUGGUUACUUCCAGUGUUGAUGGUGAUUCUGUUUCUGAUUGGACAAAGUGUCGCAUUGGAAUGCCACUUCUGUGCCGGAAUCGACCGUUGUAACGUGUCCAGGGGGGAAGUGCAGUCAGUGACCUGUACGGACGAAAUUGUUCGUCUGACAAACGAAUCUUUGGCGAGUUUCAUCCCCAGUCUUGCGAGUGUUCGUCGGAAGGAUCGAGAGGAGUUCCAAUGUAUCCAUGUGCGGGCCACUUCGUUGGCCGAUGUCACGUUUCUUUUUAUCCGCGGAUGCGUGUAUGCCACCCGCUCGGAUGAGUUCUGCGAUCUGCGGUAUGCGAGCUUCCGGGGUACCCGAGAUUGUGUGGCCUGCGAUCAUGAGGAUCUUUGCAACAACAUCACGAUUAGUGGCAGCGCGUGGAAAACUCCAGCCGGAUCAUUAGCCCUCGUUCUGGUAAACGCAGUCAGUGCAAUUAUCUUCGCCUUUAAUCGCAUCUACCGAUGAUGAAUGCUAAUAAACAUUAUAAUUUAUCGUUUGCACAUUGACGUGUUUGGUAUGGUCAGCGCUCUCUGCUGUAAUCGCUGAUAUGACGUAUUAUCUACCCCAUCCAGGGCAGGAGGUCGAGAUUUUGUUGGAUGCUAUUACUGAACGUUAAUUACAGCAGGUUGAGAACAAUAAGUGAUUUUAACUGAGAUUAACUAUAGUCUUGGCUAAGGGGUUGUACACUUAAGAGAACACUAAUUUAUAGAAUAAAAUUAUAAGAA